AUGGGUUAUUCUGAGUUCUACUGCCAAUUAUGUGGUGUGAGCUUCAACAUUCUUUUCCGCCUCCCAUCUGGGGAGUUUGACUUGCCUUAUGAUGAAAGAGGCAGAAAAAGUGCUGAGCCAGCUGUCGACGAGACAGAAUCAGUCAAUUCCGCAGAUGAGGACAGUAUAGCUCAAGAUCUUGAUUUCAUUUCUCGGGAAGAGGAUGAGGACGAUGAGCCUUAUGAAUACGACUCCGACCAUGAAUCAACUGACGGCAUGAGCCUUGACGGAAAUGACACGAGUGCCAGUGAAGAGAGCAGCACUGAUGUUCAAGAGGACACAGAAAUGCAGUGGUACUCUGAUUGGGUAGCAAAAACUUUUGAUGCACGAAGGUCAGGCCUUGAAGAACACAUUGGAUACUACGAUAGCCCGAUGUCUGGGUACUCACUCGAUGCUAUCUCGCCCGAGCAGGCCAAAGGCUGUCGCACUGCGCAAUUCCUAGUCCAUAAAAGCACUGCGACACAGCCAUGGCAGUCUGAUGCACUACAUGAGUCCUGGGAAGUCAAAGGGGACUGGUUUUUAUCUGGGAUUUGUGAUGGAAUACCAUCGCGUGAUGUCGAUAUUCCGAGGGUGUGGCCCGCACGAAAUGGGAUGGAGGACAUAGAGGCGGAUAAUGAGCUCCCCUCUUACCGAGAGGGCGGGCCAAAUGGCGUAGCCAUGCCGUUUCAUCCGUGGUGCUUCGAUAUAUUCUGUCGACAAUCCAAAGUUCAGUUCCAAGAAAUCAAUGUGUCGGGGCUUAUGAUGUGGCGCAAUUCCGAACUUGACUGGGAUGUUUUCCGCUCCUUUCCUCGAACCGAAGAAGUCAACAGGGCGCGGGAGCAAUGGUGGAAUCAUGAGGAUGGUAGUGAGCACUUGGUCGCCAAUCCUCUUUUCGUGCCCGGGCUACCAGCACUUCUUCGCGAUGCGGUGCGUGAACACAUAGUCUCAGACUCAACGAGCUCACACGAGGUGAUGAAGUCGUCUCAGGUCAUGAAGAGCUGCUAUACCUCACGUCACACUGGCAAAUCCGAUCCUUUCUAUUAUCUUCCCUGGGAGAUUCGACUGUUGGUGAUCGAUUAUUUGUGCUCCGACAGUAUCAACAAUCUAAGCCGUGCCUCUCUGGCUUUCGCUAAUCUCCCCAACAGUGUGUGGCAUAAAUUGGUACGCAAAGAAAUGCCGUGGCUGUGGGAGGCAUGGGAGGAAUCAGAAUGCAUGCAUACAACCCUGCUCUGGUCAAAAGUCUCAACAGCUGAGAUGAGGUCUAAUCUCCGAGAAUCCAGUCACUAUGCCCAGGUCCUGAUGGAAUGUUCGUAUUCUAGGGAAGACGCCCAGGAAGCCGCCGUGCGGCGAUUCCCCUUGCCACUGGCCGAACCGGAUGAGGUGAAGUUACCAAGAGCAAAUACGGACUGGCAUCGCGUGUUUACCCAGAUCCGACUGAAUUGGGAAAACCUCAAAGGCUUGCAGAACCGACAGCGGAUCUGGCGCGAUGUAGAGGAGGUCGUGAGGCGCAUUCGCAAACUUGAGGGAUAG